AUGAAUCCGGAGACGAAGAACGAGCCAAGCAAUUAUGAGCCGAGCCCUAGCCCGCCACGCGCAGGCCCAAACGACGAAAGCACUGAACAGGCUGGCCAAGAUCCAGAGUCCACAGACGUGACCACAAACCACGAUGAUUCAGCGAAGCAACAACAGUCUGCCUUCAAAGGACUCAGUCUUCUGGACCGCUUUCUGGCCCUGUGGAUAUUCCUGGCAAUGGUCAUUGGUAUACUUCUGGGAAAUUUUGUUCCUGAAACCGGACCAGCCUUACAAAAGGGAAAAUUUGUUGAUGUCUCUGUGCCGAUCGCUGUUGGUUUACUCGUUAUGAUGUAUCCCAUCCUCUGCAAAGUCCGCUAUGAGUCCCUGCACGAGCCUUUCUCUCAUCGAGAGAUGUGGAAGCAGAUUGGCUUUAGCAUUUUUGUCAAUUGGAUCAUUGCUCCCUUUCUUAUGCUUGCCCUAGCCUGGGCCUUCCUCCCUGAUAAGCCGGAGCUUCGCACUGGUCUCAUCCUUGUCGGUCUUGGGAGAUGUAUUGCCAUGGUCCUCAUAUGGAACGGUCUUGCUGGCGGCAACGACGAAUACUGUGCCAUCCUCGUUGCUAUCAACUCAAUCCUUCAAAUGAUCCUCUUUGCCCCAAUGGCUGUCUUCUUUAUCCGCGUCAUCAGCCACGAGUCGGGUACGAUCGAUAUAUCCUACAGUGUCGUUGUAAAAAGUGUAGCUGUAUUCCUAGGCAUCCCUCUCGGAGCAGCCAUCAUCACGAGAAUUGUCCUUCGCAAGAUUGCUGGACCGGACUGGUACCAGCACACCUUCCUCAAAUAUCUUGCACCCUGGUCUCUCAUUGGUCUACUCUAUACUAUCCUCAUCCUGUUUGCAUCCCAAGGUAGACAAGUUAUUCACCAGAUUGUAUCAGUUAUCCGGGUAGCAGCGCCACUGAUUGUGUACUUUGUGCUUAUUUUCUUCAUUACUUUAUUGAUCAGCAGGAUGCUCGGUUUCCGGCUGCCGAUGAUGGUCACGCAGAGCUUUACUGCUGCGAGCAAUAACUUUGAGUUAGCUAUUGCCGUGGCAGUUGCGACCUUUGGCCCCAACAGCGACCAAGCCCUGGCAUCCACCGUUGGCCCACUCAUCGAAGUCCCGGUCUUGAUAGUCUUGGUGUAUGCUGUUCGCUGGAUGGCCAACAGAUGGGGUUGGAAGUAA